UCUCUCUCUCUCUAGGGUUUCUUCAAAAUAUCCAACUUUCUCUUGUUUUUUCACAUUUUUUUUUUGUUAUAAUCCGGGUUCUGAUUCUUAAAGGCAAUAAUCACCUCCUUGUUCUUAAGAGGAGAACAAGAAACGAGGAAAAUAAAUACUCAAAAGAAAACGAAAGACUGCUCUAGCCAGUACACAUAACAAGAGUAUGGGGAGAGGUAGAGUGGAGCUGAAGAGGAUAGAGAACAAGAUAAACAGGCAGGUGACGUUUGCGAAGAGAAGAAAUGGGUUGUUGAAGAAAGCUUAUGAGUUAUCUGUGCUCUGUGAUGCUGAGGUUGCUCUCAUCAUCUUCUCUAACCGUGGCAAGCUCUACGAGUUUUGUAGCACAUCUAACAUGCUCAAGACCCUGGAAAGGUAUCAGAAGUGCAGCUAUGGGGCAGACGAAGUCAACAAACCAGCCAAGGAGCUCGAGAGCAGCUACAGGGAGUACCUGAAAGUGAAAGCAAAAUUUGAGACCCUACAAAGAACUCAGAGGAACCUUCUUGGAGAGGACCUCGGACCUCUGAAUACAAAAGAACUCGAGCAGCUCGAGCGUCAUUUGGAGUCGUCAUUGAAGCAAGUUCGGUCAACUAAGACCCAGUAUAUGCUCGACCAACUUGGUGAUCUUCAAAAUAAGGAACAUAUGUUGCUGGAAGCAAACAGAGCUUUGACAAUGAAGCUGGAUGAAAUCAGUGCAAGAAAUAACCUCCGACCAUCAUGGGAAGGUGAUGAUCAGCAAAGUAUGUCCUAUGGCCAUCAGCAUGCACAGUCUCAGGGGCUAUUCCAGCAUUUAGAAUGCAAUCCCACUUUGCAAAUAGGCUAUAAUUCUGUUGGUUCAGACCAGAUAACUGCAGCACAUGCCGCCCAGCAAGUUCAUGGGUUCAUUCCAGGGUGGAUGCUUUGAAUCUGUGCUCUUGGUUGCUCAUAAAGGGACACCUACUAUGUAAUUGCUUAAUUACAUCCAAGAGGCAUGCAAGAAGUUCUGGAAGACUUAAUUUGUUUCUCUAUGAUUAUGAACUCCUUUUCUAACAAUUUCAUUCACUGAGCUGCUCUCCCUGUGAGAAUAGACAACGCAUAUGAUGGUUCCUCAUGGUCAUUGCUUAAAGCAUCAUAAAAGAGCAAGCAUUAUUGAAAUCUUGACAUUUUCUUUUUCUUGA